AUGACUCUCGAUUCUAAAUCAGAUGCCGGCGCCCCAGAGGUUCAUGUCGAGACUGAAAAGGCCCUCUCUCAAGUAGAACAUGUCUACAACCUUGAUGAAAAGGCGCAUGUCGCCGAUUACAAGGCCGACGCGAUCGAGGCAGAGACCGCCGAGCAUAACAUGGGAGUGCUGGAUGCCGUUCGAGCAUACCCUAUGGCUUCCUUUUGGGCUUUUAUCAUGUCAAUGACCAUUAUUAUGGAGUCCUACGAUGUCUUCCUCAUGGGUAAUUUCGUCGCCCUUCCUGCGUUCGCGAACAAAUACGGCAUCUACGACGCCGCAAGCGACAAAUAUGUCAUCGCAACCAAGUGGCAGUCUGCGCUUCAAGUAUCUGGGCAACUCGGUGCACUGAUCGGUGUCUUCAUCGCUGGCCCCCUUACUAGCCGUAUUGGAUACCGUUAUGCGACCUUGACUGGCCUCAUGCUCUUGAACGUCUUCAUCUUCUCCUUUUACUUUGCCCACUCGCUUCCGGUUAUCUUCGUAGCCCAGCUUCUCGAGGGCUUGCCGUGGGGUAUCUUCAUUGCCAACGCGCCGGCAUACUGCAGCGAGAUUGUACCGAUCAAGCUGCGAGCCCCGGCGACGCAGAUGCUGCAGAUGUUCUGGGCUAUUGGUAGUAUCAUCGUUGGUGCCGUCACCUACCGUUACAACACUAGGCUUGAUGAAUCUGCCUACAAGAUUCCCAUUGCGCUUCAAUGGAUGUUCCCCACCCCGCUUGCUAUCCUGAUCUUUUGUGCACCCGAGUCACCUUGGUGGCUGGUUCGCAAGGGACGUCUCGAAGAAGCAGCUCAUGCGGUUGGUCGCCUUGGACGCAGAUCGAGGCUGAAUACUAGUGAGACUGUUGCCAUGAUGCGUCGUGUCGUUGAGCUCGAGAAGACCACCAAGGAACCCAACCACUUGGAACUGUUCAAGGGCACUGACCUCUACCGCACCGUUAUUGUGUGCAGUGUGUACUUGGCACAGAAUCUCACGGGUAACCUUAUCGCUAAUCAGGCCGUCUACUUCUUUGAGCAGGCUGGUGUGUCGACGAAUACUGCCUUCGCUCUAGGUCUUAUCACCUCGGCUCUACAAAUGAUCUUCGUCAUGCUUUCUUGGAUCCUCACCACGUACUUUGGCAGACGUACCAUCUACCUCUGGGGUUCGGGCUUCAACGUCGUCCUCCUCAUCGCCCUCGGUGUUGCAGCCUCUGUUGGCAAGUCCAACGCAGCCUCUCUAGCGCAAGCCUCCUUGGGCCUGAUCAUCUCCGUCCUGUUCACCUUGGGACCCGCGCCCGCAUCGUGGGUCAUUAUUGGAGAAACAUCCGCCAUCCGCCUCCGGCCUCUAACCACUGGAAUGGGACGCGCUACCUACUACAUCAUUGAAAUCCCCUGCAUCUUCCUCGGAAGUUACAUGCUCAACCCAACGGGCGGAAACCUCGGCGGCAAGUGCGGUUACGUCUGGGGUGGCACUGGUCUGUUCUGCCUGAUCUGCGCAUACUUCUGGCUGCCUGAGAUGAAGGGCCGCUCCUACCGCGAGAUCGACAUCAUGUUCAAUCGCAAGAUACCGGCUCGCCAGUGGAAGAAGACCGAGAUCGAUGUGCAGGACGACGAGUAG